AUGGCCAACUACGCGCAAUAUCAACAGCCGGCGCAAGGCCAACAUGGGCACAAUCCGGGUCACAUACAAGGCGGUUAUCCAAAUUCGGGCCAACAUCCAGGCGCCGGGCCGCCUCUCACAUCUCCCUCCCAACAGCCACUUCACUCUCAGCACGCUGUGCACAGCCAGACAUCGCCAAUACUCACCUCUCAACCGCAGCAAGCAGGUCAGAGUCAUGGACACGCGAUGCAACAGCAGAUGAACUACCAGCCGGCCUAUGCGCAGCCUGGCAUGCACUAUGGCAUGACUGGGAUCACACCACAAGCUGCGGCGAUGGCAGCCACAGCGGCAGCAUCUGGCCAAGGCUAUGCAUAUACCCUUCCAGAUGCUGGCUUACAGCAGACCUCGCCAAGAAUGCAAGGAGUUAACGUUGUAAAGCAAGAGCGAGGAGGGCCCAGGUCCCCGAAACAGAUGAACAACCAACUCGUCCAAGGACGACGGAUGAGCCAGGUCGCCAGUCCUGCUGUGCCAAAUUCCCAACCCAUUAUGAACCACGGCGGCGCGCCUCGACCCUCGGUACCACCAAUGCCAACAAAUCAACAACACCCACAAUCACCAGAACUAGUCUCGGGAGCAGUUGAAGAGUCGCCAUUAUACGUCAAUGCCAAACAAUUCCAUCGCAUCCUGAAACGCCGCGUCGCGAGACAGAGGUUAGAAGAAGCCCUACGUCUGACGUCAAAAGGGAGGAAGCCAUAUCUGCAUGAGAGCCGACACAACCAUGCGAUGAGGAGACCGAGAGGCCCUGGUGGACGAUUCUUGACUGCUGAUGAAGUCGCUGAAAUUGAGAGGAACAAGAGCGAGGGUGGUGGUGACGAGAACGAAAAGGGGUCGCUAGAAACUCCAGCAAAGAGCACGUCCAGCGGUGCUGGAGGGUCUGGCACUAAAAGAAAGGCUGAAGGCGACAAUACUACCCCUAGUAAGAAGGCCAAAACUGAUGCCCCUCCAGUAGGGGGCAGAAGUAGUGCCGAAGAUGAGGAUGACGAUGAAGACGAUGCAGAUGAUGAUGGUUGAACUGUCACGUGGUCUACCCCUGGGCUACAAAGAAUUCCCUUUGUCAUCUUGUUCGUUUACGAUUUGACGACAGCGUUUGCUUUUUCGCAUGCAUCGGUUACUGCUUGUUCUUUUGAUUCACU